GUAACGCCUGUUGUUCUAGAAGGAUAUUGGUCGCCAGGAAACCUAAUCAAUUGAUCCGGCAAUAGGCAGAUACAACUGAGCAAUUGCACCGCUAAAAACGGACAAAGGAGCUGAAUUUCAUCUUGGAGCAGACGGAGGAGGAACGGUUUGAACAUCCAGUUAACUGUUGACUAGCUAACUAGUAACUUGAAUCUGCAGAAUAUCAGUGAAUGCCAAGGAGCAUUUACAGUGAUUUGAUGACCAUGAGACGGAGCCCAAGGAGACCCCUGAUCCUCAGAAGAAGAAAGUUGCCUUUCCAGCAAAAUGAUCCACCAGCAGCAGCUAAACCACAAAGCCAAACUGAUGCAUCCGGCUCCGAAGAACCUCCAAAAUCAGCCAGUCAGUGCUUUCCAGAUGGUAUCCGCAUUAUGGAUCACCCCUCCAUGUCUGACACACAGGUGGUGGUCAUCCCCAAAACAGCAGACCUUCACAGUGUCAUUGGGGCGCUCACUGCCAAAGGCAAAGAGUGUGGUGUCCUGGGGCCAAACAAGUUCAUCCUUCUGAGCGAGAACAGUGGAUCUGUUUGUCAGCCUGCUGCUGGAGGGGAUGGUAUCUCUGCUGUUGGACAAGCAGAAACUGUGGGCAGCUCUCCGGAUGCUAAACCCCUCACUGGAAUUAAAGCAUUGAAUAAGGAACUGGAGUGUGGUCCUUUGGAUGACAGCCUCACCAAUAUUCAGUGGUUGGGCAGAAUGGACACGUGUGUCUUGGAAGCAGAUCCUGCCAAGCAGACGGCCAACAAGGAGAACCAAAACCCCAAUUCACAGACUAUUCAGAUCGAUGUCGACGCUGUUCAGCAGCCCAUGUCAGAGAGGCCACCGUACUCCUACAUGGCCAUGAUCCAGUUUGCCAUCAACAGUCGCAAGAGCAGGAGGAUGACACUGAAAGAGAUCUACAUGUGGAUCGAGGACCACUUCCCUUACUUCAGAGAGGUGGCCAAACCCGGAUGGAAGAAUUCCAUCCGCCACAACCUCUCACUACACGACAUGUUCAUCCGUGAGACAUCACCCGAUGGUAAAAUUUCUUUCUGGACUAUCCGGCCUGAGGCCAACCGAUGCCUCACUCUUGACCAGGUGUACAAGCCUGGUUGCGACCCAAUGACCGCUCCUGUUCCGGUGCCAAUGCUUUUAUUUCCCCACCAACAACAAAAGAGGAUGCUUCCCGAUGCGAGAAAACUACCACCUAGCUCAGAGAGAAGGAUGAAACCUCUCCUCCCUCGAACCGAUUCCUACUUCGUUCCCAUCCAGCUCCCCGUCGCCUCCUCCAUCUACCUGCCGUCCUCGUCGACCCCGUUCCCCUCCUCUUGCUCGCAGCAGAAACGGAACGCUUUGCGAGGAACCAAGAGAGUGCGCAUAGCUCCUAAGGUGACACAGAGCGACGUCCCAGCCGUGGUAGUGUACCCUCAGAAGGACAAAGACCUCAAGGUGGAGGUGAAGGAGGAGCCGGUGUGCGUCCCGAUGCAAUGCGGGACUCCUAAAGCCACUCCGAAGAGACAAGCCAGCAGCUCUCGACGCAAACAGCGCCUGGUUCACUCUCUGAACGAGGAGCCCGUCCUCCUCUGCCCCGACAACACCUUCUUUGACUCUGGCGUAGCCUCCGACGCCUCGACGUUCCAGGACAUGCGAGACACCGAGCUGGAGGAGCAGCAGCAGCCAGAGCAGCACAGCCCCGACCGUGACUUCUCUUUCAAGACCCCCAUAAAGAGUAGCAGCCACCUGACCUCCUCCACGCCCAGCAAGCCUCCCUCUCAUGUCCUGCCCGAGACCUGGAAAGUGACCCCCGUGGGCAAAGGGAGCGAAAGCGUCCUGGACUUCAGCCCCAUUCGCACACCAGGCGGUCCCGCAGUCACGCCGCGACACGACUACACCACCUUCAGCUUCAACAGCACCCCCUUUAAGGACUGGCCUCUCUUCAGCUCCCCCAGAGAGCUGCUCACGUCGGCUCCUUCCAGAGCAACCGGGCCGACGGACUCUCCCAUGGACUGCCUCAGGAGCAGCUGCUCCAGAGAGCUGCUCCAGGGAGGAGGAGGAAGCAGCGCCGCACCGGCCGCUAACCGCUCCAUCACAGAGGGCCUCGUCCUGGAUACGAUGAACGACAGCCUGAGCAAGAUACUAGUGGACAUUAGCUUCUCUGGUCUGGACGAUGAGGACCUCGGUAUGGCCAACAUCAGCUGGUCCGAGUUCAUCCCUCAAUUUAAGUAGCCUGGGGGCCAAAACACAUUUUAUUUACAUGUGUCAUCUGUUUUCCAAAACACUAUAGGAGAAGAUGGGAAUAAAAAAAAAAAAAAUUGUAACGACAGAGACACUUUCAGGUCAAAUUAACAAGCUGCUCGCUUGUUGUCCCUCUUCAUUGGUUCCAUCACUUAUUAACUUCUUUUUGUAACUCUUAUUUCUCUCUGUAAAACUAUCCACUGCUCAGCUCUUGUUUCUUUUGAUCGCUUAUCUUACCUGUCUGUACUCUUGAAGGAAUCCCUAGAGAAGAGAAAUAUGUCCUUAUGUAAUGUACAUAUACACGUCUGUAUGUCGAUUUGCACAUUUUAAUAUAUAAUUUAGCUUAUGUAAAUGAAAAGGCAAUAUAUUGCCAAGCGAGAUGCUUCUGUUGCCGUUUGGUUCGGCCUUCCUGGAAUCGACUUUUAGAUUGCGAGAUUGUUAGCAAUAAACACGGCAAAGUAAUACAACAAUAGCACUAACAGCAAUAGGAUUGUCUCCGUACAAUACUCGUAGAACCGUCUUCAGCGCUUCCUUUAUAAAUCACCAGUAGGAACAAUCUGCAUGCAGCGACUCCUCGUUUCGUCUUUGGGAGCAAAACAUCCAUCUAGCACAGAUUGUAUUAGUUUUCAGUAAAGAUGCAAAUGUAUUUUUCUGUGAGCACAAACGGAAGGCAGAACGGGAGAUAUUCCCGUUUUUGAAAAUGCCACAAAAUAAUGUCCGGCUUUAAUAAUUCUUUCAGGUUUUGUGUGUUUUCUAUGGGAGAGGUUUUUGCAACCCAGCGAGUUGAUGUGUUUACGGUUUGGCGUCGAACGGCAAGCGAGAGUGAAAUGUUGUGGGUUUUUCUAGCAAACAGUUUUCAAAGCAUGUGCCUUGUUCUGUUUUUCUGAAGUCUGUGUUUCUACAACUGUACAAUAAAUGUGCUGAAGGGCUUUGUUAAGUCAUUCAUGUAGUUUUCAACCAUAGCUCACAUUUAAAAAAUGUAAAUAAAGAAGGUUUCCACAACCUCACACAAACUACAGUACAGCAAUGUUGAAACCACUCUAGGGUGUAUCUGAAAAAUAUUUUUUAUUUAUAUUUGAAUAAAAGUUGAAACCUGA